AUGAAGUUCUUCUACAUCGCCGCUUUGCUCGUCCCCACCAUCCUGGCUACCGACCAAGUUAUGCAGGAUUCUCAAGGCAUACAGGCUGAGCAAAUGGAUGCUGUUGCCAAGAUUAACAUCUUGCAGCAAGUGGUCAAGAAAGAGUGCCCUGAUGUUACGCCGGAAUGCGUUGAAACCUUUCAGAAGGUUUUGGACAGUGUGAAGCAAAGAUUGACUGGCCAGGCCACUGGCCCCGGCGCUGCGGCUGAACUGAAAAACAACAAGAAGUGCACCGCGGAGCUUACCGGCUGUGUCAAGAAGAUUGCUCCGAAGCUCGCUGCUGUAGGAAGGGGUCAGGCUAGUCCCAUGUAA